AUGGGCCUGGCCCAUUUGGAAAAUAUGGCUGCCGCCGACCCGUGCGCCAUCUGCCUCAGCGACGUCGGCCGGGGCCAGGCCAUCUUCACGGCCGAGGGCGCGUCCAGGGGCAGCUUCGCGGUGCUCCUGCACGCCGUGGCGCCGGGGGCGGCGGCCGCGACCGCGACUGCGACCGCGGGCGCGCGGCGCGGGCCGUUCGACCUCGUGACGGUGAUCGACCUCAGCGGCAGCAUGCGCGGCGAGAAGCUGCACCUGGUGAAGCAGGCCGUGGGGUUCGUCAUCGACAACCUCGGCCCGACCGACCGCCUCAGCGUCGUCUCCUUCUCGAACGACGCGACCCGCGUGGUCCGGCUCGCAAGCAUGGAGGCCGACGGGAAGGCCUCGGCGAAGCGCGCCGUGGAGGCCCUCGCCGCGGGCGGCGGCACCAACAUCGGCGAGGGCCUCCGCGUGGCCACAUUGGUGCUCGACGACGACUCGGCUACGAACGUCCUCACCUGCGUCACCCUCCUCUCCGACGGGCGGGAUGGGGGCUCAGGGAACCGCACGGCGCCCAUCCACACGUUCGGCUUCGGCACCGACCACACACAGUCGCGGAGGAGACGGGCGGCACGUUCUCUUCGUCGAGAACCAGGCGGCCAUCCAGACUCGUUCGCGCACUGCGUCGGCGGGCUCCUCUCGGUCGCCAUGCAGGACGUGCGCGUCCCCGUGGCGUGCGUGCACCCGGGCGUGCGCGUCCUGGGCGUCAAGUCGGGCCGCUACGAGAACCGCGUCGACGCGGACCGCCGGGCCGCCUCGGUGGACGUCGGCGAGCUCUACGCGGACGAGGAGAGGCGCUUCUUGGUGUUCGUGCGCGUGCCGGCAGCCGAAGCUACGGAAGAGGUCACCCAACUGAUCAAAGUGAGAUGCUCGUACCGAGACGCGGUGAGAGGGUGCUGCGAAGACGUGGCCGGCGACGACGCCGUGGUGCUGAGGCCAUUGUCCGAAGUGCCCGAUGGCGACGCCGGACUGUCCAUGGAAGUGGAGCGGGAGCGCGUCCGCGUGACAGCGACGGAGGACAUAGCCGCCGCACGGGCGGCGGCCGAGCGCGGCGAGCACGCGGAGGCGGCGCGCAUACUCGAGAACGGGCAGGAGGCCGUGCGGCACUCGGCGCCGGGGAUGGCCGGGGACCCGACGUGUGCCGCGCUGGAGAACGAGCUGAGCGACCUCGCCGCCCGCGUGGCGAGCCGGAGGGAGUACGAGCAGACGGGCCGCGCGGCCAUGCUGGCCGGCACGAGUUCGCACAGGCAGCAACGCACCUUGUCGGUGGCAGUGCGGCCGCCAACACACUUUGGACGUCCGGGCCGCGGUGCUGGACGUGGGUGUAUACUCCGGCGAGGAGGCGGAGCUGCACCGCGGCCGUACGCGACUCCGGCGAUGCAGAACAUGGUGAACAUUUUCGCGGAGCGCGCGCCAGCAGCAACAUACGUCGUCGUCCCCGCCGCCGGCCAAGAGGAUGCAUGUACGAUAUGCAGAGUGAUCAGCUAA